GAGGAGAUUGAUUCUGAUGUUGAUCCCAUGGCUCAGAAAGUUGGAACUGGGCAAUCAAAGGUAGGGGCUGGUGGUUUAACCAAGGUCGUGCAAGCAUUGGGGAAGGCUCCUCAGAAUUCCAUCACUGUGAAUGCAGUUCAGGUUUCAAGUAAUAAUCAAUUUUCAGUUAUGGAUCAAGAUGAAGGUCAGAUAGAAGAAUCUUUGGGAUCAAGAAAAGCCAUCGUUUUUUGGGCUGUAGUUUCAACUAUUGUUUAG